GUCAGAGGUCCAAGUGGCACAAUUUUAUCUCCUGGUUACCCUGAGUUCUACCCAAACUCUUUGAACUGUACUUGGACCAUUGAAGUGACUCAUGGCAAAGGCGUUCAGUUCACCUUUCACACCUUUCAUCUGGAAGAUCUUCAUGACUACUUACUAAUUACCGAAAAUGGUAGCUUUACCCAGCCUCUGGCACGGCUCACCGGCUCUGAACUCCCUGCAGCAAUUAAUGCUGGUCUCUAUGGAAAUUUCAGAGCUCAGUUGCGAUUUAUUUCUGAUUUUUCAAUAUCAUAUGAAGGAUUCAACAUUACCUUUUCUGAAUACAGCUUAGAACCAUGUGAUGAUCCAGGAAUUCCACAAUAUGGAAGAAGGCAUGGCAACCAUUUUGGAGUUGGAGAUAUCAUAACAUUUACAUGUUCAUCUGGAUAUCGCUUGGAAGGAGUAUCGGAAAUUGUUUGUCUUGGCGGUGGGCGUCGUGUGUGGAGUGCACCUCUGCCAAGG